CCGCAAGUAAGAAAUACUACCACUACAUGGUUGAGAGGGACAUAAAAUACACUAUUGAUCCUGUGAAAAGCAAACACUGUCAACCCAUGAAAGCUUCAGAAAAGCCUCGUUUGAGAGUGCAAUUCAGGGAAAAGAUGUAAACCAAGUGGUUUGUAGCUGAAAGAGCAAAAAAGCUUAAAAGAGAAGCAAAAGGGUUUUGUUUUUUGUUUGUUUUUUUGCUCCCAUACCAUGCCAAAGUAUAUCUCUUUUGAUUUUCAAAAAAGAAAGAAAAAAGAAAGGUUCUUGAUCAUUCAUAACUUAAUAAAGAAAUAUGAUAUCUAUAUAUGAUAUGAUGCAGUGGUGGAUUUGGAGGUUGUAGUCUUUAGUGGGUUGUUAAUUGGGAAGCAAUUUCAGUGGCAAAUGAUGGCCGGAGGAAACCCUAAUAACUGGUGGAGCGUGGUGGUCAACGCAAGCAAUAACAUGGAACCGCCACCGCAGCCGGCGGCGCCUUCUUCUUAUCAGUUCUUACAGUCCUCCUCGCCGCCGUCUCAUGAACAGCAUCAACAUUUCUAUGGAUCUUUCAAUUCUUUGGCUGAAGCCCAAAGCCAAGAUUUUCCACGCCCACUCAGCCAACUCCUCAUGUGUGGAUUGGGUGGCAAUGAAAAUGAAAAGUUUGGUAUGAGUCAUUUUCAGUACAAGAAGGCUGAGGAGAAUUGGGAUGAUGAAAUUGGUUUGAAUAAUAACCAUAAUCCAUCAUCAUCUGCUGCUGCUUCUGUUGAUAAUGUAAUUAAGGAAGAUGAUGAGUUUGAUAGGAUUGGACAGAUGUACGGCCAGGAUCCCAUUCCUCUUGUACUAGAAGAUCACCACCGCCGAUAUUUCCAAACAUCUACUGCUUCUGUAGCUUCUUCUAGGAAUCAGCACCAAAGAAGCCCUUAUAGUAAGUCUCUGCAAGAGGAAAACAGACCAGAUGCUUCACAGCAUUCAUACGAGUGUAACAGCACUAGCACUAGCACUAGUACUGGAGGAGCGUCUAAGAGACCUAGGGUCAGCCAUAAUCAAGCUUCAAGCCAGCAGCCAUCUUUAAAGGUCAGGAAAGAGAAGCUAGGGGAUAGAGUCACAGCUCUUCACCAACUUGUUUCCCCAUUUGGAAAGACUGACACAGCCUCCGUCUUGUCAGAAGCCAUAGGGUAUAUCACAUUCCUGCACUCUCAAAUUCAGGCAUUAAGCACCCCAUACUUGGGCAAUGCAUCAGGCAGCAUGGGUCACGUUCACCAACAAUCUGAAUCCGUAGAAAAGGGAGGAAAGGAUUUAAGGAGCAAAGGGUUGUGCUUGGUUCCAUUGGAAUGCACUCAACUUGUAAGCGUGGGAAGCUGCGGCAACAUCGGCGGAGACAUUAAUGGCGGAGCUGCCGCAGAUUACUGGCCGUCCCCUAACUCCCUUGGUGGCAGGCGGUUUUGAUUUAUUUAACUGAUUUUGACGCUUACAAAAGUCAAGCUAUAUGGUGAUGAUAUGAUGAUGAUGAUGAUGAGUAUGAAUUGAAUGAGAUCAACCUAACACUAAAUCUAUAUAUACUUUUACUUCGCAUACUCUAGUAGUAAAUUUGUCUUAGUAAAAUCUUUCCUUAAAUUCUUUAACCAUUAUCUAAACCAUUCUCUAGUCAGCUCCCUAUUUGUGUCAUUAUCCAAACGUUCAAGCAUAUCUUGCUAAUAUUGUAAAUAUUCACUACAACAAAAUGAACAUUAUGCAACAUGUGAA